GAAGAUACAUGCACUCACUCUCAGGGCUCUGCCUUCCUGUCACUGUGAGAUUUCCUCCCUCUGCCGAACAGGGAUAUUGGGAACAGACAUCCUGCCUAAUGGACAGAACAAGGAACAUUGUGAGGCCUCCUGGGGCGUUUGCACGCAUCGCAGACGGUAAUGGACUUUCUGUGAAACCAGCCAACAUCUGGAUCAUCCUUCCUGCGAUGCCUUGAGCACUUCGAUCACCUCAUGGCAGCUUUGAACCUCACCUCCACUGACCAGUCAACAUUCAUCUUAAUGGGCAUCCCUGGCAUGGAAGCUGCCCACAUUUGGUUUGCCAUCCCUUUCUCUGGAUUCUACGUUAUGGGCCUCUUGGGAAAUUUCAUGGUUCUCUUUGUGGUAGGCAAAGAGCAGACCCUGCACAAGCCGAUGUACCUGCUACUGUGUAUGCUGGCAUUCACAGAGAUCAGCACCUCUACUUCUGUUGUGCUGAAAGCCCUGUUUAUAUUGUGGUUCAACUUGAAAGGCAUUAGUGUGAGUGGCUGUCUCACCCAGAUGUUCUUCUUUCACACAGGCACUGUGACGCAUUCAGCCAUCCUCGUGACAAUGGCCUUUGAUCGCUACAUGGCCAUAUGUAACCCUUUGAGAUACGCCACCAUCCUCACCAAUGCACAAAUUGCUAAGCUGGGGCUAGUGGGUUUGAUAAGAUCUUCUCUCUUGCUUCUGCCCCUGCCCCUGCUUCUGAGCAGGCAGCCGUUCUGUGACAAGCGCAUUAUCCCCCACACGUUCUGUGAGCACAUGGCUGUGGCAAAGAUGUCGUGUGGGGACAUCACAGUCAAUAGGACAUAUGGCUUGGUGCUGGCAUUUGUAGUCAUCGGCUCAGACCUGACACUCAUUGCUCUGUCCUAUGGUCUGAUCAUCAGGGCUGUCCUUAGAAUCUCCUCCAAGAAAGCCCACCAGAAAGCCCUCAACACCUGCACUGCCCACCUCUGUGUGAUGCUCAUUUCUUAUCCUUCCUUCCUCUUCUCCACGCUGACGCACCGGUUUGGUCAGGGAAUUCCUCUUCAUGUUCACAUCAUCUUGGCCAACCUCUAUUUCCUUCUGGUCCCCGUGCUCAACCCCGUCAUUUAUGGAGUCAAAAGCAGAGAACUUCGUGAAAAACUGGGCAAAUACCUCAGCAGAAUGCAACCACCUGAAGCCUUUAACGUUAAACUUGUAUGAAAAGCAGGGGAAAGGCUAACUCAUUGUUAACCAAGGAUGCUCUUUCC